AUCUUUAGCCCCAACAGUGACACUUUCAGAAACAAGGAAGUUUUGAUAAUCUUUAUCUUUGUUCGUUACUCAUGAACACAGCCAGAAGAACGACGGCCCGAUCAGAACUUUCAAAAAUACUGAUACACUGUUGAAUAAGCCGUUUCCCCCAUAAAUACAUGCCAGCAUGUGGGGGGUGCGACUAGUGCUGGCAGUAUCUCUGCUUUGCUCCACACACGCCUAUUACUUCGAAAGCGGCUUUGCUCACCACUACACUUACUGGGCGGAGACCUCGCUCUUUGGCCAGGGCAAUGUCACCACGGUGCUGAAGUUUCAGAUCACCGCUCUGAACGAAACAGAAGAAGGACAUAGGCUACACUUACUGUCGGUUGACAGCCUGGCUCAGCUUAUUCAUGGAGGAGUGGCGCUGGAGAACCCUUUGAAGUGGAACUUGUCAAAGACGUUCCUAUUCACUGUGGAUGACAAGGGCAGUGUGCGGUUGGUUCAUUGUCAUCCUGAAGACCACCAAGAACUCCUCGUCAUCAAGAAAGCCGUUGUCAGCAUUUUCUCAGUGACAGUGCAGAUAGAUGAGACAAGUGAUGGGAAAUAUAGUGCUGUGGAUGCAGAUCAUCUUGGUGAGCUUAAGCACACAUAUAGUAUUCAACAAAAUUCUCAAGGAAUGAAAUUGGAGAGAAAACAUUUUAGUGCUGAGGAUGCUCACAGAUUCCAUGAAAAGACAAUCCAUUAUAACCUUCAUGGAACUCUGCAUACAGCUGAAGCAAAGGACAAAAUUCUUUUGAAAGACACGUCCCCGAAGUCUCAAAAAACGAUACUUUUGCCUGGAGAAAUUCCUCAUAAAAUCACUGUUUCAGGAGAUUUUCCUGAUGUUGAGACCUCUGCAACAGUGUCUGUAAAGCUGGAUGGAAAAAUACCUGCUGUACCACUUCAAAAGAUGUUCUAUAAUCUAAAAGCUCAGAGUCUUUACACAGAAAUGAAAAAAGACAAACUUCAGCUAAAUCAAAUUAAAAAAAAUAUCAGCAAGAGUUUUGAAUGCAUCCAUGAACACCCAGAUAAAGAUGACCUGAACAGAUCCCUCUGCAUCAACACACUUCGAGAACUGCUUCACUCUCUGAAUCCAGAUGAUUACAAACAACUUGUGGAUGGUAUUCUAGGAAUCAGCUGCCAAGGAAAUGAUUCAUGUGAGGAUAGGCGCCUGGUUAUCAUUGAUGUAGUUGCACGAAUAGGUGAUGAGAUGUCACAACGGCUACUCAUAAAACAUGUCCUCUCCCAGGAAGAACCAGAGAAUGAGGAACUACGGAGAGUAUUUAUUCACUGUGCUGCUUUGAAACAUCCAGAGAAGAUUUUUGUGCUUGCUGUGGAAAGCUUUUGCUUUGGAAAAAAUGGUGAGCAUCAUGGGUCACGAAUCAUGACACUUACCCAAAGUCGUGCCUGCUUGGCUCUUGGAAGCCUUAUUCGACACUUAGAAAACAGAGGGGACCAUGAUCAGGCUAGUCAGCUAGCUGAACAUCUGGAGACAUGGCUUGACAAACAUGGAGAAGGUGACAAUCAUGUGAGCAAACGUGAUACAUGGCUUCAUGACACGGACAACGAAGAUCACCAUAUCAGUAAGGCAGUUCUGCUACACACUCUUGGCAAUGCAGCUCUAAACCGUUCUAAGCGCCAUAUCAUCAACCAUGCACUACCCAACAGAGGCCAUCAGAUGUGGCGCCGUGCUGCUCUAGAUGCUUUGAGACAUUAUAAGUGUGAAGAGAGUGCUGCAGCUGUUCUAAGGAGUCUCCUUCAUGAAGACACUCACAGUGUCCAUCGAAUGGCACUCAGUAUCUACAUCAAACACCCUUUGCGUCAUCGUGUGUCAAAGGAGCAGGAAAAUGCCAUUUUGAGCCAUCAGUACACUUACCCUGCAGUAGCUAGGGUGAAAAGAAGCCUGCUGGAUAAAGUAUUAUUCAAGUUUAAAUUGGCCCUGCCACCACUGGACUGGAAGAAGGAGGUUGGAUCACGAAGUAUUGGAGCAAGUUUUGGCAUCUCCUUUGAAAAUGGAAUUGAAGGUCAAUUUGAGGUCCUGAGCGGAUAUGUGGAUGUAAAUAUUCAUGACAAGUUGUGGGCAGAGGCUCAUGUGGGCCUCAUUAACAGACAGUGGGAUCUGCUGCUAAUUGAAGCUUGCUAUAAGGGCCGACUUUCCUACAAUAUGAACAUCGUAAAGGACUUCACAGUUGGAUUGUAUGAAGACAUCGCUAGUGCCUUUGACCACAUUUUAAACCGGAUCUUAGAACCCAUGGAGAAGGUGACCAAUGAGAUUGCCUCCAUGUACCAAGAUCCAAAAACAAAUCAAUCAAAGAGUGGAUUUGAGCCUCUUGCACAAGAAGUGAAACAGCUACCUGUGAAAACAGAGGAAGCCUUGCAAACAACAGUUGAUCUGACGAAAGCAGCUGAAGCCUUGAAUGGCAUGCCUAUUGUCACAAAGAUUCAACAGUUAGCAGCUCGUGCACAAUCCUUAGUGGAAGAUGUUCAUAAUGAAGCUACAGAUUUAUUUGGGAACAUUGUGGACACUGCAUCCACGGCAUUACCAUAUGCUGAAAAGGAGAUCAAGAACUCUAUAAAUAUGGUUAUGAGUGGCCUUCGUAAAGCCAGUGAGGCACCACAGCAGGCCUUGAACUUUAUACAGAAGGCACAAAUGGGGUACCACAUGUCUUUGCAAAUAAUACUGGAAGGAAACAGCAUCAUAAAGCAGGCAACAUCAGCUGUCACAGGAAGUCGAAGCUCGUUUAUGAACUCUGGACAUGAGCUCAGUGACAUUGUUGAGAUGACCAGACAGCUGGUGAGCCAGCUGAAAGCUAACCAUGCACGACGGAAGAGAGAUGCUAACCCAUUUGGUGAAACAUGGGAAAGAGAUCAUUCAGGGCUGGACAGAACGCUUAACUCACUUUAUGAGAAAGCUGACAAAAUGGUAGCAAAGAUUACUGAUCUUGUUAACAACAGCUCCCGAAGUCUUCAGGAGGGUUUGAACAGACAUUCAUUAUAUACUGAAAUCCUGAAGAACGGUUUUGAGUCCUUUAAAGAGGGAAUUGACAUGGCUGUAUCUCGCAUUAGUGCACUCUUUGGUACGAAAUUUUUUCCUGGAUUUCCCAAUCAACGGCGACCCUGUGAUUCCACCUGUGGAUGUGGUUACUUUCCAACAGACUGUUCUCGUUAUGGUCAUCCUGGGCUGGACCUUAAGUGGGAUAGCGAUUGGAAGAUUCCUAGUCCAGUGUCUGGGAUGAUGUAUCCUGCAGACAGAGGUGCAGUAAAAAUUCAGCCAAAGACUCAAGGUCUUACCAAUUAUGAGAUCAUCCUCUCAAAUAUCAUCAUUAAUGAGUCUUAUCAUCUUCAUGAAGAUGGUGUAUUUGUAAAUUCUGGUGAUAUCAUUGCUGUACCUCUAGGAAAUAAUGGGUGUGAAGAGUCACAUUUUCACAUAGCAAUGAGAAGAAUUUCUAAUGAAACUGAAAAUCAUCUUUGCUAUUACGUGGAUCCUUCACCAUACCUUGACCGCAUGGAGCCAAUCCCUACAUGGCACCAGGAGUGUAAGGACUUUACUUUCAAGCACAUAGGACAGGUUAUUGACUUCCACAAUCUGACUAAAGGUUUUCAAAACUUUUUACAAAUACUGAAGGAUUUUGCUGUGGAUGAAGGUAAACAACUAUUAGUAAAAGAAUUAAAAAAUGUGCCAACCAGCAGUUUAUUUGGACCCUUGAAGAGUAUUGCUGGGAAACUAAUCAGCGAUAUUGACCCUGUUGCUGGCAACCUAAAAAACCUGUUUACAUCAGGUACCAAUGCUGCAAAAAAUUUCUUUCAAAACAUUUCAAGUGUACACUUCUCAUUGGGGAAGAUAGUGAACCUGACAGACAAUGCCAUUGGCAGUCUUACAAACGGGCAGCUUAAAGAAUCCCUGAACAGAGUGAUGGGUGUCAUCCACACAGCACAAAACAUUGUCAGACAGCCUGCUGUCAAAAAUAUGACAUCAAUGGCCAUGGGAGCCUUACAGCGAGUUUUGUCUUCACGCCAAGCUCGGCUGCCAUCAGGAAUACAGUCUUUGUUGCAGCCACAGAAUCGCAGCAAACAGGAUGUGAUGAAUGCUUUUGCUGGCAUUGGAAUGCAUGUGCUUUCCUCUGUGAUGACUGGAGGAGCCGACAAGUCUCCCCCUCAUUCAGGACAAGGCUGUGUUGUGGACACUUUGCUCAAAACGGUUAUGCAGUCUGGGAUGGAAAAGCUUGGUUCAACAUUAGGAGUUAACACUAGCCAGCUGGUUGAACUCUCAUCUAGAAUGGUAUCCAGUGUCAGUGGGAGGCUUAACCUAAUGACUGCGCUGAAAGCCAGUGUCUGUCAACAGUGUCCAUCUUUUGGCAACGCACUGGCUCAGUCUGCGGGAGCAACAUGUAUGCCGCACAAAGAUUGCUUAGGCUUUGAGUGUGAUGCAGAGUUUAAGUGGCGAUCUCAAAGUGACAAACUUAGCAUUAUUAUUAAAAUUCUGCGCAUGGAACAGAAAGUCAACAUCACUGUUGGUGGUCAUCAUUUUGCUAUAACAUCAAAUCAAGAAAGAACAAUUUCAUCAGGUGCCAAAGUAAUGGAUACAUUUCCUGUGAAACUCAAAAUGAAUUUAAAGUGGGGAACAGAUCAGCUUAUUGUUUCCCUAAUACUAAUGGCUUGCACAGCAGAGAGAUGUCUACCAGAAAUUAAACUUGCUACCAAUCUCCAGUUCAGUCUGCAUACCGAGCAGAGUCACGCAGAAGAUGGAUCCCUUGGGCCACUUGUUGGCAAACUGGUGUCAGCACCACUGAGUGGACUUACCAGAACAAUAUCAGACUUCAGUCUUCCUUUGUCAGAUAUUUCAAAACAGUUCAGUGGAGUUGUAGACAGCAUAUCUGACGCACUUCAUCCUGAUAUGACAAAAGAACAUACAGCUGAAAAGGAAUUCAAGAAUCCAAAGGAACACAAAGACUUAGGGGCAUUUCCACCACCUGGACAAAAUGGAGAAUUUAAUGCACCUUUCUUUGUCUUUGAUUAUCCUUUCCCAGUGGGACCUUGUGUCUUUCAUAUUUAUUUCAGUGCUGGUGGAGCUCUUGGAAUGUCCUUUGAUGUUCAAGUACAAUCAGUGAAUUCCCUUAUAAAGACAGAAAUUAAGCCUUACAUAGCUGGGCAUAUUGAGGCUAGAUUUACUUUGUCCAUUGUGGUGGCCUCGGCAGGCAUAGACCUCACUGGGUAUUUGCUGCGUACAAGCUUUCCUCUAUCCCUGACCACCAACUACACCAAACAACCUGUUGUGUCCAAGAAGAGUUUAGAUGUGGAGCUAAUUCCCCUGGAACUGAAGCUGACAGCACAUCUGAGGAUCUUGUUUUUCAUUCACAUUGAUAAAGUCCUGUGGCAGUGGAGAGCUGACCCCAUCAGAACAACAGUCUGGGAGAAAAUCACAAGAAAGGAUGACACUGGGCCACCAAGAUUUCCAUACUGUGACAAAGUUGCAGAGAUAUGUACAAGAACAUCACCACGAUCAGAAACUCCAGCAGUUAUUACAGAAUUGCCUGUGCCUUCAUGUUUAGUCACACAGCUAAGUGGCCGGCAUCCAAAAGACCCAGCUUUUAGGCUUGAUUUCACAACAGAAGAUGACGACAGUGAUCUUAAAGUAUGGUACGCCAUUGGCGACUACCCAGGGGGGACUAAUGUUCAGGACUGGUCUGAACUCCGCGGCUUCAGCUUGGUCGUACCAGCCAUCUUGCCCUGUGGUGUUCCACUUUACUUCACAGUCAAGGCUAAGAACACACAGGGUCUUGAGGCCAUCAGCCAGUGUUCACUUCUUACUUAUGACUGCACUUUCCCUGAUGGUAGAGUGGACAUGGCUUACAAAUGUAGCAGUCAUCCUAAAAAAUUGAGUGCACGGAUUGUGAUGUAUGAGGAUUCAGAACUCAAAGAAGAUGGAGCAUUUCAUGGUGUUGGUUAUAGUCCAAGCAGCUAUGGGCAUGAAGUUGUGAAUUGGCUGUCUUUAAAUAUUUCCAAGACCCAUGCACAACAAGGUACAUCUGGGGCUCUGAUUAACUUUGACAGUGCCAGACCAGGAAGGCUGACCAGCACUCCCAAGCAAACUCUGCAUACUUCAAAUGUUGAAGAUUGUGCAUUAGAAUGUAUAAAGGUGACAACAUGUGUUUCAUUUUCUUAUGAACAGUACCUGCAUGUCUGCGAGCUGCAAGAAGUGGUAGAGGGACCCAAUGCUGAGAGAAAAACUGACAACUACUUUCAGACAUUUGAAAGGCUUGGGAAAUCCUACGCAGCAGUUCUGAAAUAUGAGAACUUGCCAUUGAGGCAUGGAACAAGAUAUUUUGUCAAUGUUGAUGUGGAAAAUGUUCUGGGAUACAAAGCCACAAUGAAGUCGCUUGGCACCAUGGUUGAUUUUACAGGUCCAGAACCAGCUUACACUGGAGAGAAUGCCAAUAAAAGCUUGCUGGCAGAUGGCUGUUCAGUGUCUAUUCUUCAGCGCUGUGAAAAUCCAGUUCCUGAAAGCUUAAAUCACAGGAAAAUAAUUGAUGGCAUUGGAAGCAUUGCUGUCUUCAAUGGCAACAGAAAAGGAGAAGAGAUGCUGGUUACCAUGGAAAAUUUUCAGGCUGCAGCUAAUUGGAAAGAAUUUAAAGAUGAAGAAUGUGGUAUCCAUGGUUACACAUGGGGAGUGGGAACAACAGUGUGUGCAGACGAUGUUGUGAGUUUCCAAGAUCCUCAUGCCUCCCUCAGUGAUCCAAGUGACUGGACAAACAUUGGAGUAGCUAUAGGCUUGAGUCUUCUUGAUGGCAUGAAGUACUAUGUUACUGUCCAAGCUGUGAAUGACAUAAUUUUUGGUGGAGAUUUGGUGACAACAGUUUGCCACUCCACUCCAUUUGUGGUUGACACCACACCUCCAAGCCUGGACAGAGUUCGUGAUGUCCUUUUUGAUGAUGAUUUCCAUUUUCUUGUCAUCUAUUUCAAUGCUUUUGACACUGUUUCUGGCAUAUCUAGAGUUGAAUUUGGACUGGGCAGCACCAAGUAUGAUGUCAUGGUACGAAGGUACAUCCAGUAUGAAAUUCGAGGUGUUGCUGGGAAUAACUACAUCACUGAUGAAGAUUUUGAAAUGAAUUUAGGCACACCAGCAUAUAUUCGCCUGAAAGUGACCAAUACAGUGGGUUUGUCAACUGCAGGCUACGGAGAAUACCCUAUCUUGAUCGAUAACUCACCUCCUGUUGCUGGUCAUGUGCUAGAUGGAGACAAACUUGGACAAGACAUUGAUUUUCAGUCUAGUGAUACACAGAUUUGUGCCCAGUGGAUAGAUUUCUAUGAUCCAGAGUCAACCAUUGACCACUAUAAAUGGGGGGUAGGCCGUUCUUCAGGAAAGGAUGAUGUGGUAAAUUUUCAGCAAUACAACUACACCAAGGAAUCAUGCACAGAUGUGAAGCUAUCACACAACACGACAUAUUACUCGACUGUCAUUGCUUACAACAAAGCUUUAAAUGAAAAAUCCGUCAAUGUUACAUCCACUGGAGUGUUGGUUGAUAUCACUCCACCUGUCAGAGGAACAGUGGCAGAUGGGCCAGAUGUUGAAAAUGACAAGAAUUUCACUUCCGAAUCUGCCAUGAUUUCUGCUUCAUGGGCCAACUUCUCUGACCCUGAGAGUGGGCUAGCUCCUUUCAGUCUUCAUGUUUAUGUCAACAAUGUUCUCCAGAGGACAUUUACCAACAUUGAUGGGGACACAUUUAGUGACAGUUCUUUUAAUUUUCAAGAUAAAGAUAGCAUUUACUUGGAGCUUGAAGCAUCAAACAGGGCGGGAAGCAGAGUGGUAGUCCGUUCUGAUGGAAUGUUGGUAGACCAUUCUGUCCCUGAGUUAAAGGAAUUGCACACUGCUAACUACAGUCUCUUCCAACAAAAUGAUGAGAUUCUUUACUUCACUUGGCAGUUUAAUGAUGACGAGUCUGGGAUUGCUGAGUACCGCUGUGUUGUUCUUCAGCGUUAUGAAGAACGGGAAUCAAAGUUCUGGCCCAAACUUCAAGAGUAUCACCUCAUUGUUCUCAAUGCAACAUCUUCCACGAAACAGGAUUUGCACCUGGAGCAGAUGAAUCUUAUGAAUGGUGCCGAAUACAGAUUACAGGUAACAGCUUUCAACAGAGCAGAGCUGUCUGUAAAGGAAAAGUCAAAUGGAAUUACAGUAGAUGUCACUCCACCCAUGAUUCUGAAGGUGGCACUUGCACCCUUUGGUACAGAAGAGGAGGUCAAUGAAAACAAUGAAGUGGAGCUUGUGGAUGGAAAGCCUGUGUGGGUCACAUGGUCAGCAAGUGAUGUGGAGAGUGGCAUCAGUGAGACACAGAUCUGCAUCAGUCAGAAUGGACUUGGAGACUGCUUUGCUUCCUCCUCGACCAGUGUGCAGAUUGUGCCAGGUUCUUCUAUUGCUAGCACAUCAUUUUCAGAACUUGAUCUUCAAGUCAGCUCACGGGACCAGCCUGUUCUCUACCAAGCUCACUUGAUCACCAUCAAUAGAGCAGGGAUCAAAUCAAGUGUUUCCACGUCCAAGCCCUUCCUUGUUGUCAAGGCUAAUGUUCCAGGUGUGGUGUUGGAUGGCUGGAAGGGCAUGGAUGAAGACUUUUCUUAUGACAAAUCUUCAAUUGCAGUAACAUUUUCAGGAUUUAGCAGUGAGGCAUGCGGAAUAGUUGGGUAUGAAUGGGCAAUCGGAACAGAACCAUUUUAUACAGAUGUCAUGCCUUUCACCGACUUUGGGCUUGUGAUGAAUUCUGAUGACUCUGGCUAUGCAGAGACAGAGAUUAUGCAGUUUGAGGGCCAGAAGUACUUCUCCACUGUACGGGCCAAGACAGGAUACAACUGUCAUGAACAGUAUAUAGUUGCAUCCUCUGAUGGCUUUACACUUGAUACUACACCUCCAACUGUUGCAUUCUACUUGGGCACACAGCAGGUGGCAUCAUAUGGUGUUGUGUAUCAGACAACAAAGGACAAGUUAGUGGUGGAGUGGGAUGUGAAUGAUUCUUCUGGCAUAAACAGCUCCAGUCUUCUUUUAAAUUCCUUUGAUAGCAACUCAAGUGUGCUAACUGUGUCUGCUGUCGAUGAACAUGCUGUUGCCAUCCAUACUGUUCCUUCUUCAGGCAGCACCAUUGUUGCUUCAGUAGUUGCUUCAGACAAAGCUGGCAAUGAAAUAGUGACUCAAUUACCUUUCAUAACCUUUGACUUUGACCCACCCACUGUAGAAGAUCUGCAGUGCACCAAUUUUGUGUCCAUCAUGUCUGCUCUUGUCACCUGCACCUGGGUGAGAGUGAAGGAAGAACACAGCCCACUGGAUAAAAUAGAACUUGGAAUUGGAAGUGGAGAGUUUUUUCCAGAUAUCCUUAAUAUGACAUCAGUCCCACUUAAUAGUCAACAAUGGUCUUUUUUUGCAGCAGAUAUCAUUUCCUCAAAGGCUAGCCACUUUUAUAUUCUGGUCAAGGCAACUAACAGGGCAGGACUUCAAAGCAGUCUUUCAGUUGAGGUCAUAGUCGACCUAACGAACCCAACAGUGAACUCGGUCUCCAUAGUGACAUCAGCUUUACCUGGCUAUCAUGCAACAGAACUAACCUGCCAAACUUCACAAGACUACAUGGAGGUCCUCCUUAGUGGUGUGGAAGAUAAGGAAUCAGGAAUAAAAAGUGUGGAGAUAGCGCUGGGAACAUCCAGUGGGAGUGCUGACCUCCGUCCCUUUCAAAAAUACCCUCUCCUGAAUGGACUGUACAUGCUGGAUCAUCUAUCUUUGACCCCAGGGAAAGUUGUGUAUGCCACAGUGCGGGUGACCAACAUGGCAGGUCUGCAGACCAUUGGCAAGUCUAACAGUGUUGUCAUCAGUCCUGCACCACACCUUCGAGUUUGGGAUGGUCCAGAAGACAAAGAUGUAGAUGGGCAGAUAGAGCUUCAUGUGAUACAGGGGCACUGGAGCUAUUCAGAUCCAUGUCCUGUCAUGAGCGUUGAAUGGUCUGUGCAGGACUUGACUGGGCAGAUCAUCACAAAUUACACAACAGUGGUAGGAAACUCCAGCAGAUUGUACAAUGAUAUGCUAACUCUGGAGAAUUUCAGGACAUAUGUGAACUUUGUCAGAAUAAAGGAUGCAGCAAACAGAACUUUUACAGGGUUCUCAGAUGGUGUGACAGUCAUCGUCCAGCGCCCAGAAACAGCUGCUGUUAGGGAUGGACUAACAGAAGAUGACAAAGAUUUCCAGGAGGGCACUGACUGUCUGUCUGCCAAUUGGGAUGACUUCGGCUCUCCUGGGUCCUCUCUUCCUUCUGAUCAGAUUGUGCGGUAUGAGGCAGCAGUUGGCACAGACACAAUGCAUGUGCUUACACGAACAAACCUUCUUGCCUUUCAGGACACUGGUUUGACAAACAGCAUCACCUUCUGUGGUCUGAAUCUAACGUCCAAGUCAGUAACAUAUUACAUCACAGUUAGGGCCCACAGUGCAGCUGGAAGCUUUGCUGAGAGUUCCUCAGAUGGAAUCAAAGUUGGCUACAGCAGUAACAUUACAGCUGGACGAGUACAAGCAAACAACUUCCAGAGCAAUAUUGACAAUAUUCGGUUUUGGUGGACUGCAUUUGUAUCUGACAUGGUGAUCACUCAGUACUAUGUAGGGGUCAGCUCAACUCCUUACCCCUUGGCAGACACCACUCAUGACUGUUAUGAAGUCUUAGAUGGCAAAGACUUUAAAUUUGAUGUGUACCCUCUGCAAAGUAUGAAUACUACAUCAUUAGCUGUUCUUAAAGGUCUAUCUCUUAUGCAUGGAAAGAGCUACUUUGUUAUUCUUGUGGCAGCAAAUCAGAUGGGACAGUGCUGUGCAUCUAUGAGUCAAAGAAUUCUUGUGGACACGACUCCACCAGUUCUAGGUGUCAUCAACGUACAGGGACUCAACACUGAGACAGCCAUUUAUCUUCAUUCAGAACAAACUUUAGAGGUGGACCUUCAUGACAACUCGGAUCCUGAGAGUGGGUUAAAAAUGGCAUAUCUGGAGCUUUUUUCUAGCACAGACUGUAAUUCUGAACAAGAUUUUAAUGCUAACAGCAGAAUAUACUCUGUAAGUGUGCAGAAUACAACACACAUUGCCAUGCGCUCCUUAAAACUGAAAGAAAACCUGUUCUAUUUUAUUCGUCUUAAACUGACCAAUGGUGCAGGCUUGGAAUCUAGAAAAAUCAGCAAGCCUAUGAUUCUUGAUUUGUCUCCUCCUGAUCAAGGAGUUAUUAAGGUGGGAACAGACUGGAAAAGCAGAGAGCAAACUGUUUUGAAUACAACUGACAGGAUUCCCGGAAUGCUGGCACUGAAGUCUGUCAUGUCAAGUGUGAGCAACUGUACCAUGCAGGUUGACCUGUUUUCUUUAGAAUCAAAACUAGAUUGGACAGAAAUGAGAGGCGACUUUACAGCAAACUGUGCUGGAUUUGACAAUUCUGGACUGAAACUAAUUGCCCAGCAUGACUCGUUUCUAACUGGGGUGAUCCGAGGAGCAGUUCAGUAUCCUGGACUGGGCCUUCGAGAAGGAGACUACACAUUCAUCAUGACAGCUGGAGAUGGAAAAAAGAUACUGACUGGAAUUUCUCUAGCAUCUCCUCUUCUUGAUCCCCCUUUCCUUCUCCAAAAUGGAAUCUUUCUAGCAAAUCAGUCCUCGCUGCCCUGUAACCCUUUAGCAAGCUCCUGUCUCAUUACUAACAACACAUCUGGGGAGAGGAUGCUGCAGAAAAAUGUAGGGUAUGGUGCUGGCGUGUCCUUUUUCAAUCAGGAGAACUCAGUGAAAGUGCUUUUCUGGGUGCAGGACAAGACUGAACUUCAACAGACAUGGCUGAGGCUAGAUUUUGAUCCCACUGUCAUUCAAGCAGAGUACACUUUAAGUUUCAAACGACAAGAAAACAAGUUUGAUUCCUGGGAUGUCAGCCUCAACAUAAAUGCUCAGAAUAAAGGAGAAUUCAAUGGACUGAGGUUUUCAGAUGAUUUUGUCAUCAGUGCCUACAUAUGGAACAUUGAUAAUUAUGUGCCACCACUUGUGGACCCUUUUCAUCCAUUCAAAACUGUGGCCACCAUCAGGUCAGUUGCUGUUCCAUUUGGAAAACGGCCACUGUGCACUUUUGGAUCUCCAUUUCAUGAUCAUGUCAGUGGUAUCAAGGAGAUUUUGUUCGGUGUCUCAGAUGAUGUGAACAAGACUGCCAAUAUUGCUCCCUAUAGACUUGUGAAGUCAUAUUGUCCUCCUUGUGUCUUAGGGUGCAAACAAAUUUGUUCAUCAUGUAAUGGUGCUGAGUGGAUGACAGGAGAUUACAAAGUAUUUUCAGAGUCUUUGAGAGGUCUUAACUUGCAGGCAGCAAAUGAAGCAUUAUUAGCAAAUAAUUCUUCACCUACCAACUCAUCAGUGAAUAAUUCCACAAUUGUAGCAGAACUGGGUGUUUUUCACUUACCAACCUACUUUCUAGAUGUCAAGGUGGUUGACCACAGUGGAUUAUAUACAGAGGCCAAAUCUGUGGGGAUAAUUGUGGACACCUCCCCUCCAGUCAUCAGUUCUAUCCAUUGUUUUGAUCCAGUUUACUCUCAUGAUGAGGCUGUUGUGUAUCUAGGUAACAACCACACAGUUGGUGUGGCCUGGGACGCAAAUGAUGAUGUCUCUAGCAUUACUGAGGUCUGGAUUAGCCUAGGAACAGAGCCAUUGGUGGAUGAUGUUAGGACAAAGGUCCAGAAAAACAUUUCCAUGAAUCAGCACAUUUUUGACGAGCUCCAAGAUGUGCUUCGUGAAGGGCGCCAAUAUUUUGUCACAGUAGAAGUUGUCAGUGAUGCACAUUUGAGUAGCCAAGCCUGGAGUAAUUUCACAGUGUCUACUACUGUACCUGACAUGAAAGCCAUGUCUGUGAGCAUGUCAUAUGCUACAGCGUACAACAUAUCUAAUGAACAGGUGGCACUAAUCAACAGUACACAGCACCUGGAGCUCAAGCUACAAAUGAGUGCAAAUAUAUCUGAGAACCUGCAACCGGAAUAUUAUGAAUGGGCUAUUGGAACCAAAGCUGGUGAAGAGGAUGUCUUUCCAAGGACUCUGGUUGGGUUCAAGGGCACAAGGAAGGUUGCAAUUGUGAAUGGAUUUAUGCAGCUGGAUAUGGCACCAGGAGCAAUCAGCAUUGGAGAUUACACCAAGAAAAAUCUGUCCUCGGACACACCAUCUAAUCCUAAAGCCAAUUUGUUUAACAUGGAGCCCGGCAGAUGUCUUUCACAGAGCCUGUAUGGAGUUAGCAAGGCUCAUGUGCUAAGUAGACUAGAUUUCAUGCCCACUUGCAUCAGAAGGAAUAAAGAUCUUCUUGUGACUGCAGAAAACUCUUCAUCCACUUUCACUUUGUCUGGAAAUAUGUUUGUUCGUGACAAUAAUGGUACUCUGGCUUCAAAUCCCAUCAUGCAACUGAAGAUGAAAUUGUCCAGUGGCGGAUUAUUGUUUGGAUCAUUGAGCAAUGAUGAUCUCAGCCUCAUCUAUGGAAGUGCUGCGUCUACACAGUACUCUCCCUUUAUUGUGUACCCUGAUCCAAGAAAUGACCCAACAUCACGAUGGCUGUCAAAAAGGCUGGUCAAAGUGCCAGGUCCAUAUGUCUUUCUAUCACCACUAGCAGCAGCUACUUUGGAUGAUGACUUGAACAUAGCUUAUGCCCUUCCUGCUGACUUGUCAGAUUCUUCCAACAAAACAGCUGUGCUCUUGUUGUGGAAUGCAGAACAGAAUAAGUGGAUGUCAUCUGAAGAGUUCUGCCCAGGGAGGAAACAAUCCUUUGACUAUACUACAAACACCGUCGUAACAAAGGUUUGCAUGGAAGCAUUUCUCACCUCUACUCAAGAGAGCACCAACACACUAAUGAUGCAAGCCAAGACUUCAAAUCAGCGAAGUCGACGUAGUGCAGUCUCACCUAAGCAAGUGCUCAUGCCUAGGAUGUUUGCAGUGGCUGUGAUCACUUCAGAGUCUCUUAACAACCCUCCAGUUGUUUUGAGUACUUCUUUUUCUGUACCUGAAGAUGGUAACUUCACUUUUGCACUCUCUUACAUGGAUCCUGAGAAUGAUAGAGUGAAGUUCAGCUUACAAAAGCAGCCUGAGCAUGGGACUGCAAGUGUAACAGAUGAUGGGGAGCUUUGGUACAGGCCAUUGCCUAACUUCAGUGGCACUGAUACCAUUCUAAUGAAGGGUGAAGAAGCUAUAAGCAGUCAGGAUCAGGCUCAUGGAGUUAUGCCUCACCAAUUUGACUUCAACAUUACUGUGACUGUGGAAAGCAUAAAUGAUUCACCUAAUAUUGACUACUGUCCAGAAAAGAACGACAGUGAGGUGACACAGUUAAUAAUGCAAGGCCCAGAUGCUGGUAAUGCUUUGAGCAUCACUGUUUUCCUGAGCAGCAACAUUACAACAAGCGUCUACCUUGGUAGCAUCUUGUAUAAAGAUGUGGACGCUAAUGAUGCUGUUGACUUUGUCAAAAAAAUGUCAAAUCAGCUAGGUGCAUCAUUUGAGACUCAAGAUGUCCAAACAGCUAGCAAUUUGACAGAAAGUUGCAGUGCAGAAUGUUCAGACUGUAAUGCAAAAGAUCUAAUUCUGCUCCUUGAUAAGGAAUUUUCUGGUAACAUGUCGUAUGAAGCAAGGGUCAAGGAUAAAGCUGGUGCCUAUGGCAGGCUACUGAUGGUGAAUGUGUACGUCCUCAUCAACCCUUGUGUCCAUGGCCACUGCAUAUCUAGGACACCUGAGGGCAACUGUCAGGAGCUGCAGCGACUUCACACAUUUGAACCCUACUUUUGCAAGUGUGACCAUGGUUAUGAGAGUCAAUGGUGUGAUGUAGAGACAAAUGAAUGUGAUGCGGCUGCUUGCAGUGCAGUUUCAGACUGCAUUGAUCUUGUUGGAGAGUAUCAGUGCACUGUUAACCCUGUAAAAAUGGUCGCCAUCUUUCUUGGAUGUGCCUUAGCUAUUGUAGCUGGAUCAUUUGCCUUUUUGAAGCUGAAGAAGAGGAAGCAUGUCAGACCUUUUUCUUCGGAAAGUCAUUUAUUGGAGAACACCAAACAAGAUGCAAACAGAUUACCAUUGAGAGAGAUGCAGGAUGGAUAUUCCAGUGUUGGCAUGAGAAGUAAUCUUCCAAGAGUGCAUCUAGAAAAUCCUCGUCACUUCCAGAGACCAAGAAUGCACAACCAACAUCAGGCUCAGAAUGUACAACUAUAUUAUAGCAUGGAUAGGUACCAAGAAACACCGAUGUAAGUGUUCCUGGUACAUUGUUAUGAUCAAUUUCUUCUUUAUUCUAUGUUUUCCUAACCAUAAACCUGCUGAAUUGUGCAUAUGCUUUGGAACAAAUAAUGGAAUAUAGUUCAUUUUACGAGAUUUAGAAAUGGAAAACCAUGAAGCUGUCAACCAAGAAAUUUGAAUUAGCAUGAUUUUACAUAACUGACUACUUUAGUAAUUGUUUCACAAUUAUUUCUUCAGUCUAGAACCUGAGGGGAUGGGGAAUCCAUCUGAAAACAAAUUGUUUGAUGGUGAUGUGUAUAUCAAUAUUACACAGUUUGCUCUUAGGCACUUUUUUUUUCCUGUAAAAAAAAAAAUUGUAAGUUACCUAAAAUAAAAUUUAAAAUAUGAAGAUGUUUGACACAGGAAUGAAAGGAACAAAUCAUGCUGAAGACACAUUAUACCUUUUAAUUAUCAUGUACAUCUUGUACUGUACUGAAGUAAUAUUACAUAUGAACAUCAUUGAAAGGCAUAUGAAAGACAUCUUGUGUUACAUUUGUAGUGAUCAUAGAAUCAUCCUACAAUGUAGGACAGUUGAAAGGUUCAACUCUGACUAGCUUAAAUUCCAAAAUAAGGGACAGUCUCUGAAUUGUUACCCAAAUUGUAUACUGUCAAUUAUGAGAAAGAUAAAGAAUAUGAAUAAAUUGUCUACUUAUAUAAAAUGCAA